UUUUUUAAGCUGCAUUGCAUGUAAAUCAGAUCUUUAAUAUCAUGGACGCAGGCUCAACAAGGUUAAAGCUGCAAAUUGCAAUGCCAGCUCGCGAGUGCCUGCCAUUGCUGUGCUCCAGAUCGACGAGGUUUAUUCAAACACAUUAAACUUAUCUCCUGCUUUAGCACCUUCUGAAGAUUCAUCAUCUCUCUCUGCUUCUACACGCCCCAUUAGCUACUCGCGAGCUGCAUUGUGAAAGAAGCGCAUGCCAGUUGUCAUAGGUAACAAACUCUCAAGCGCCAGCUCACGCUCUCGACAAGCCUUAAACAUUGAGCUGCUGCAUCAAAGGACUGCUGGCGUGAGGGAAGGCACAAUCCAUUGCUCCGUCCCAAUGACAGCUCUAACGUAUGCGGCCCAGGUGGCCCCAGCACUCGCAGGCUGCGCCUUCGUUCAAACGCACUCUGCCCCUCGCCAGCGCGCUCCCAUCCCAGGUUGUUCCCCCGUUCCAUCCAGAAAGGCCCCCCUUCGGCGUGCAGCACUAAGCCACUGGCCCAGGGCUAUUCAGCUGAGCUCAUGGAAAAGUCCAAGUGACAAGACCCAGCUAGGACGGCGAACGCGGGUGGUGCACGCUGCAGCGCAGACAGAGGCAGCCCCAUUGGACAAGACAUGGUCCAAUCCGAGCGGCAAUGUGCUGACAGAGGUGGUGCCGGGCCAGGUGUGGGCUGCCGAGCGCCCCUUUAUGUGGAACGGCAUUGACGUGGGUGGCAAGAUGGGCGUGGUGCGCCUGCGCGACGGCUCCGUGUGGGUGCACAGCCCGGUGCCGCUGGACAAUCAGCUGAAAGCAGCCAUGGAUCAGCUUGGGCCAGUCAAGCACAUCGUGACGCCCAACUACGAGCACGCAGGCUUCGCUCAGCAGUGGAUCGAAGCUUACCCGGACGCCAAAGCUUAUGCCUGCCCGGGGCUCCGAGCAAAGAAGCCCGACGUCAGAUACGCUGCGGAGAUUGGCGCCAACGGAAGCGCCACGCCAGCGGAGUGGGGGGGGGAGUUCUCCUUCGCGUUUUUCGACUGCGAGCACAACCCGUUCACGCUUAAGCCCUUCUUCAAUGAGGUGGUAUACGUGCACCAUCCGUCGGGGGUGCUGUUCGUGACGGACCUGUUUUGGAACUAUCCGGGGAAGGCGGUCCCCCCGGGCACGUUCAUAUGGAAGCAGGGCAUGGACAAGGUGUACCUGCCCUUCUACAAAUACUUCAUGCUCAAGCGGAAAGACAAGUUUGAGCAGAGGUUGAAAACGGUGUUGAGCUGGGGCUUCAGUAUCAUCCUUCCCUGUCAUGGUACUGUAGUCGAUGAGAAGGCUGCCGAUGUGCUCCGGAGACACUUCCAAUAAUCAGCAGAACUACUCAUGGUGUUGGAUGAGGUUGAGCGGUCGUAAUAGUCGAGUGGCGAGCUAGUGCGUAAGUCUAAAUAGAUUUCUCAAAAGCAGAUUUAAGCAAUGAUCAGAUAGCUUGCAUCUCGGUCUGACGGUUAGUUGACUUCGUCGUAGCUGGUCCUAGGAGCGAGGCGAUUGCGGUUCGAUCCAGAUCAGAACAGAAUGCGGAAGCUCAACGGGCGGCUCUGGUCAAAUCGGCCGGGGCACCGUGCAGCUCAUCUACUCAUAUGUUAAGUUCGACAUCUGCAUGGCA